AUGAAUCUCAGUGUGUAACCAUGAAGCAAUGUGGCUGCACAUAUCGCGGAGCCUACCUCAAGAUCGGCGAGCACAUUUACUCGAAAGGCUGCACAAAAAAAUGCACCUGCCAGUCAGCAGGCCACCUCCAGUGCAACGAAAGCAGCUGCCAGCUUGGAGAGACCUGUGCCCUUCGGGAAGGCAUGCGUCGCUGCGUGACGCUGGAAACUCAAUGCCAACUCACUGCCCAAGCACGUUUCACUUCUUUCGAUGGUGUCACAGGGAGAUAUUCCUGCAGUGGAGUCUACGAAAUAGCUUCUCUUUGUGACAAGAACUCUACCUCCUGGUUCAGGCUGUUAGUGAGCGUUGGAAAAGUGUAUACGAAGGAGAUGGUGGUUGGAAAAUCUGUCUUCUUUUACUUUCGAGGUGGCUUCAUUCAGAUAAUAAACCGAGAAAGGUUUUGGGUAAACGGUCAGAAUAUAAAGCUGCCAUAUGAGAACAGCCCUGUAUCCAUGAGGAAAAUUCAAGAUAAAAUUGUUAUUGACCAUGAUUCUGAAGUGCAAAUUUAUCUCCAUCCUGAUGGGAUGGUGACAAUGGCAGCCAAGGAGAGCCUCAGAGGGAAGCUGUGUGCCGCCUGUGGAAACUUCAACAAGGACCAUUUGGAUGACUUGAAGCUGGCCAGUGGAGAGAGAACAAAUAAUUUUGAUGAAGUACUCAAGUCCUGGGAGGCGGAAGAUUUUCUUGAAAAUUGAUUCUAGACUGU